AUGCGUUUCCUCAGCACCCUGGGCUCCGGCCUCCUGGCCCUCUGCGCCACGGCGCAGGCUGCGUCGCUCCAGCAGAUCACCAACUUUGGCGCGAACCCGUCGAAUGCCAAAAUGUACAUCUACGUGCCUGACAAUGUCGUCGCCACGCCUCCCAUUGUCGUCGCCGUCCACUACUGCUCGGGUACUGCGCAAGCGUACUUCAGCGGCACGCCGUACCGCCAGCUUGCCGACCAGCACGGCUUCAUUGUCAUUUACCCCGAGAGCCCCUACAGCGGAACCUGCUGGGACGUCUCGUCGCCGGCGUCGCUGACGUAUGAAGGCGGCGGCAACAGCAACGCCAUUGCCAACAUGGUUCGCUGGACGCUGAGCCAGCACAACGGCGACGCCGCCCGCGUGUUCGUGACCGGCACCUCCUCCGGCGCCAUGAUGACCAACGUCCUCGCCGCCACGUACCCGGACAUGUUCGCCGCCGGCAUCGCCUACGCCGGCGUGCCCGCCGGCUGCUUCUACACCGGCACCGUCAACGGCUGGAACUCGACCUGCUCGCAGGGCAAUGCCGCGAUCAAGCAGUGGAGCGCCGUCUUUGGCUACCCCGGCACCCCCGUAUCCGUCGGCCCCGGCCCCAGCAGCCAGUUUGUGCGCGAGAUCUACGGCGACAGGCUCCAGGGCCUCUGGGGCGCUUCCGUCAGCCACAGCGUGCCCAUCCAGGGCGCCGAGGACAUGCGCUGGUUCGGCAUUGGCCAGGGCGGCACCAGCCCGCCGCCGCUGACAACCACCGUCCGGCCGCCUGCCACGACGACCACGAACGUCGCUGUGCCGCCGCCUGCUACGACGACGGCCGCGCCGCCUGGGGGUUGCUCGGCGGCGAGGUGGGGGCAGUGCGGCGGGCAGGGGUGGACGGGGUGCACCGUCUGCGCUUCGCCGUACACGUGCCAGGCUCAGAACCAGUGGUAUUCGCAGUGUCUGUAG